AUGGCGUACAAUCAGUAUGGUGGUUUCACCCACCCCGACCAGCACGACCCCGACGACGACCAACACAACCCCUUCAUGGAUCCCCGAAGACAAUCGCCCGAGCGCUACACCUCCCCCGCCUACCAGCUCGACGACAGACCCUACAUCCACGAUGAGCCCCUUCGGAUCCCCAUGGGUCCCGGGCCUGGCGCGUCAACAGAUCGCCUACAAGCGCAGCCUACGUACUCGGUAGAGAACAUGCCAGGCACCUUCGGUCACAGCGAAGCAUACGAAGACGCGCACGUCCACCAAUACACACCCAACCCUUUCCAGCAGGCGGCGCACCAAGGUACGGGCGAUUACAGUCUCAGCCCUACGCACGACCACAACGCCUACUUUGACCACCAGCCAUACGGUUCAGAGGUGCACGACCACGACUUCGAUGCCCCGCAACACCCUUACUACCAAGAGGACAUGGAUCGGCCUAUGCUUGCGCCAGGCAACUCGUACGGCCCAGAUCCGCACAACAUCGAGCAACACCCGGAAGGAGGAGAUUUGGAAGCGGGCUACAACGAUGCUCCGCCCGUUCCAGCGGCUGCGCCAAUCAGGAGAUGGAAGACGGUGAAGGAGGUGCAGCUGUUCAAUGGCAACUUGGUGUUGGACUGUCCGGUACCGCCGCGGUUGCUGAACCAGGUGCCACACGCGCAGCCCCCAGAGAGAGAUGAGUUCACGCACAUGCGGUACAGUGCAGCGACAUGCGAUCCCAGCCAGUUCUACGACAAGCGCUUCACCCUGCGCCAGAGGCUGUUCGCGAAGCCACGCCAUACCGAGCUGUUUAUUGUGAUUACGAUGUACAACGAGGAAGAUGAGCUGUUCGCACGCACGAUGAUGGGAGUGAUCAAGAACAUCGAAUAUAUGAACUCGCGGACCUCUUCGAAGACCUGGGGCAAGGAGGCAUGGAAGAAGAUUGUGGUGUGUGUGGUAUCAGACGGCCGCGCGAAGAUCAACCCAAGGACGAGAGCGGUGUUGGCGGGUAUGGGAGUGUAUCAGGACGGAAUCGCGAAACAGCAGGUCAAUGGCGAGGAUGUCACGGCUCAUAUCUACGAAUACACGACUCAAAUGUCGCUGGAAAUCAAGAACCACGUCGUUUCAGUGAAGAAGGGUCAGACACCGGUACAGAUGCUGUUCUGUCUGAAGGAGAAGAAUCAGAAGAAGAUCAACUCGCAUCGCUGGUUCUUCCAGGCGUUUGGCGAGGUCCUGGAACCUAACAUUUGUGUGCUCAUCGACGCCGGUACACGCCCUGGACGCAGCAGUAUCUACGACCUCUGGAAAGCUUUCGACCGCGAGCCCAUGUGCGCUGGUGCUUGUGGUGAGAUCAAGGCCAUGUUGAGCAAGGGCAAGAACCUCAUCAACCCGCUGGUUGCAGCACAAAACUUCGAAUACAAGAUGAGCAAUAUCCUCGACAAACCACUUGAAAGCGCCUUCGGCUUCAUUACCGUACUUCCCGGCGCUUUCUCCGCCUACCGCUACGUCGCGCUCCAGAACGACAAGACCGGACAAGGACCACUGGAGAAGUAUUUCGCCGGCGAGAAGAUGCACGGUGCCAACGCCGGUAUAUUCACAGCCAACAUGUACCUCGCCGAAGACCGCAUCCUCUGCUUCGAGCUCGUCAGCAAGCGGAACUGCUCCUGGAUUUUACAGUAUGUCAAAUCCGCCUCAGGAGAAACGGACGUACCGACCGAAAUGAGCGAUUUCAUCCUCCAGCGGCGUCGAUGGCUGAACGGCUCCUUCUUCGCAGCUGUCUACGCUAUUGCGCACUUCUACCAGAUCUGGCGGUCACAUCACUCGGCGAUAAGGAAAUUUAUGCUGUUGCUUGAAUUCUUCUACCAUACCGUGCAGAUGAUCUUUGCGUGGUUUGCGAUUGGAAACUUCUUCCUCGUGUUCAGGAUUCUGACGACGAGUCUGAGUGAUCCGGAAUUGCUGGGCACCGCUGGGUUGGUGCUGAGUGUGUGCUUUGAGUGGCUUUAUCUGGCUACGCUGGUGACUUGUUUCGUGCUUGCGUUGGGCAAUCGACCGCAGGGAAGUAACAAGUUUUACAUGACGCAGGUGUACUUUUGGGCGAUCCUGAUGUGCUACCUCCUCUUCGCCUCGAUCUUCAUCACCGUCAAGUCAGUCCAACAGCAAAUCGAGGAAAACGACGGCUUCUCCUUCGCCAUGCUCUUCACCAAUCGCAUCUUCUUCACCCUCAUCGUCAGCAUGCUCUCCACCUACGUGCUCUACCUCGUCGCCAGCAUAAUGUUCCUGGACCCAUGGCACAUGCUCACAUCCUUCGUCCAAUACCUCCUCCUCACCCCGACCUACAUCAACAUCCUCAACGUCUACGCCUUCUGCAACACCCACGACAUCACCUGGGGCACCAAGGGCGACGACAAGCCCGAGAAACUCCCGGCUGCGAACUUGAAGCCAGGCGGCAAAGUCGACGUCGCCAUCCCCUCCGACGACGCGGACCUGAACACGCAGUACGAAAGCGAACUCCGCGCCUUCUCCUCCAAGUACAUCCCGCCGAAGAAAAUCAUCGGCGAUCAGGAAAAGCAUGAAGACUACUACAAAGGUUUCCGCUCGGCCGUCGUGCUGGCGUGGAUGUUCUGCAACCUGGCCCUCGCAGCUGUGGUGCUCAAUGUCGGCGGGGUGCAGAGGUUUCAGGACGAGAAUGGAGACGAGCAGAUUGUGCAGGAUCCGGAGGCGGUGGAGAAUGAGCGGGCGACUACUUACAUGGCCGUGGUGCUGUAUAGCGUGGCGGUGUUGGCGGCGGUGAGGUUUGUGGGGGCAGUGUGGUUUUUGGUCGUUAGGAUCUUCAGGGGGGUAUAG